AUGGCGGAGACUCAGCAGCAACCCCAGCCGCCGGCUACCCAAGCUCCCCAGCAGCCCCAGAAAGUGACAGACAUCAUUCGAGCAUUUCGCCCAGCCAAGUCUUUCAAAACCUCCAAGCAAGAGACCCCCAAUUAUGUGACUUCUUUGGACUUCGAUGACCAGGGCGACUACCUUGUCGCAGCUGGCGAUGAUGAGACUAUCCAGGUCUUUGAUAUUAAGGAAGGGAAGUCAACAAAGUCGGUCCCCAGCAAGAAAUAUGGUGUGCAUCUGGCGAGAUUUACCCACCACUCCCGUCAAGUCCUUCAUGCCAGUACCAAGGUGGACCAUUCGCUAAGGUUACUCGAUCUUCACAACGAGGGGUAUGUGCGCUACUUCUCCGGUCACACCGAUAAAGUGACUUGCCUGGCUCUGUCUCCGGGCAGCGACUCGUUCAUUUCUUGCUCCAAGGAUGAUACCGUCACCCUCUGGGACGUUGGUUCCAGGAAUCCGCAAGGAAAAUUGAAACUGGCAACGCCCUACUUAGUUGCAUUCGACCCGUCGGCCACCGUGAUCGCCAUUGCAUCUCAGUCUACAUCCUCAGUGCUCCUUUAUGAUUUCCGUAACUACGACAAACCUCCAUUUUCCACCUUUGACCUUGCACCCUUCGAGGAAACCUACACACCGUCGACGCGGGGUCGAGCUUGGACUCGGUUGGAAUUUUCCAAUGAUGGAAAAUACCUGAUGGUCGGUACCGACUACCACGGACACUAUAUUUUGGAUGCCUUUGAAGGCACCAUCAAGGCAUUCCUGACUGGCAAGAACGGGUCGCCAGGCCGCGCUGCCCCGGUAUCGUCCUCUGCAAAGCCUCUCGGACAAGGCGAUUCGUGUUUCUCCCCCGAUGGGCGAUAUGUCAUCGGGGGUGCUGGAGACUCCCAAGAUAUGCUCGUGUGGGACCUACAGCAAGAGCGCGAGACAAAUGCCACCUUGCAGCCCAUGGUCCGACUCCCCCAUCGUGGUCGAACUGCCUUGGUGGAGUACAACCCACGUUACAAUAUGCUCGCCAGUGCGGACAAAGACAUUGUGUUCUGGCAGCCUGACGAAGCCUCGAAAUAA